AUGUUGCGACGUGCAUCCGGCCCUCGCAGUGCCACCUCGUACCCUCUACCACCACGACGCUUUACGAGAUACUUUACCCUGAUCAUUGUUCUCAUCUUGGUCGGACUUGGUCUCACAUUGGCUCGUCUGAGCGCAUUAUCUGAAGCUUCAUUACGAUCUGGCCUCUCAAAACCACCGCCCCCACCACCCACUUGGGAGAGUUUCCCCUUCUUGAAACGCUACCAUGGUGGCAUCCGCACUCUGGUUUCUCGCGCCGACAACAAGCCUGAGUACCCCGAUCCGGAAAACAAUACUCUAGAACCCACUGUCCAACAGGACCAGGAGCAGCAGACCGCUCCAUCAGAAGAGAAGGGCUUCCAGAAGAGAGACAUGCCACAAGGCCAAAGAUUCGAUCCUGUCGACCGGAAUGCUAUCGUUGAGUGCUACCUCGACGAAGGGAGAAAGAGCAAUAUACCACAACUGCUGGCAUAUCCAGGAGUGCCCAAGGGCUUCCCAGACCCCAUCAUGGGCUCCUAUGAGAUAUUCGGCAUGAAUGAUAAUGUUUGUUUCGAUCGCUACGGCAGGCUCGGCCCUUACGGAUUGGGCUAUAGCAAGAGAUGGGGUGGCAGUGGUGCCGGUAUGGAUGGCCAUCGCGAAGGUGCCGAUCAAGUCUGGGGCGGCAAGACCGAGAUCGACUACCGUGAGGUCAACUGGGCUCAAGCUCAAAAGAAAUGCGCCCAGAAGAACAAGGGUCGUUUCAAGCCUCUGCCGAAAACUCGCAACCAUUUCUUUACUGACAUGGCUGUUGGUGGCCCUGAGGAUGAGAAGUCCAAGAGAGAGGAGAAGCAAGAGAAGAAACUGCUACCCAGACAAGCUGUUGUCAUUCGAACAUGGCACGACUACCAGUAUGAUGACGAAGACAUGUUCUACUUGCGUGCUUUGGUCAACGAGCUCUCGCUUCAAUCUGGCGGCGAGUACACUGUACACUUCCUAGUCCAUGUCAAGGACAACGACAUGCCCAUCUGGAGUGACGACUUUACAUAUCAGCGCGUCCUGAACGAUUCGCUCCCUCUAGAGUUUCGAGGAAUGGGCACACUCUGGUCAGAGAGACAGAUGAGUCUGAUCUACGGAGGCAUAGCAGAAACAAACUACCGCGGUCUGCCAAUCCACGGCGCCUACAGAUCGACAAACAUGCCUCUAUCCUACUUUGCCCACAUGCAUCCCGAGUACGACUUCUUCUGGCACUGGGAGAUGGAUAUCCGCUAUACCGGACACUUUUACCAUCUCUUCGACAAGGUCGGCAAAUGGGCAGACCAACAACCUCGCAAAGGUCUCUGGGAGCGCAACGGCAGAUUCUACAUCCCAUCCGAGCACGGCUCUUGGGAAGACUUCAAGCAAAUGGUGCGUGUGCAGACCGAACACGGCACAGCCCACAAAGCAGCCAUGUACGAAAAAGUCUCGGGCACCGAAAACACCCAAGCACGCAUCCCCUCAAUCUGGGGUCCCAUGCCACCAACCGGCGAAGGCGACUCGAUCGAAGCCGAAAACGACCCCAAACCCCCCACGACACCAGACAAAGACAAUUACUCCUGGGGUGUAGGCGAACCAGCAGACUUCAUAACCUUCAACCCGCUCUUCGAUCCUCACGCUACCAAUUGGAUUUUGGCAGAGGAUGUGACUGGCUACAACACCUCUGCAGGCUUCCCUCCCCGCCGCACGGCAAUCAUCACUGCAUCUCGCCUCUCGCACCGCCUCCUCGAAACCAUGCAUCGGGAAACUGCUUUGCACAGGCACUCCAUGUUUUCGGAAAUGUGGCCCGGCAGCUGCGCUUUGCAUCAUGGACUCAAAGCCGUCUACGCGCCUCAUCCCGUGUACAUUGAUCGCCGCUGGCCGACUUCGUAUCUGGCCGCUGUGUUUAACAAUGGAUUGCACGGUGCUGCUGGCGGAGCAAGAACCAGUGUUUUCAGCGAUGAGCGCCAGCAUAAUUUCCUAGGGACGAGUUGGUACUAUCAUGCUGGCUUUCCGGGUAAUCUGUGGAAGAGGUGGUUGGGGUACAAAGUCGAUGGCGAUGGAGGGGAGAUGGAGGAGGUGGAGGGGGAGGGCAGGAUGUGUUUGCCUGGUAUGCUGUUGCAUCCUGUCAAACACGUAGAUUUGAUUUACGAGCAUCGUGAGGGUGAGUGA